CUCCUCCUGGCUGGCGCAGGCCAGGCGCUAUGCUGUCUGUAGUAGCUAGCUAGCUGGUUAGCUACAGUUCGUCGAUAGGCCGGGUCAGUCCGCGCUGUAGUUAGUCAAACCGUUGUUUCAUGCGUCUCCUACUUCAACGUGAGUAGACGGCGAGAAAAGCAUACGUCUUGGGUUGUAUGCAUGUAAUUGUACCUCCCUGGCUUAGCUAACACUAGCUGCGUGGGUUAGCUUAGCCUCCAGCCACUAUAACAAUUCAUCUUUACGGAACGGUGUCAGCAAGAAAGACAACUGGUUGAGCUGCCGAGGGAAGCACCAGGAGGCUUUUGCGAAGGAGCUAACAGAAAUAAGCUAGAGUUAGCUGGCUAGGAGCUGCCUUGUGUAACUGAACCUGCCGCCAAUAUUCUGCGAACGUUAUUGGGUACUGAAAAUCUGAAAGUUACGGAAUCGUAUCUGCACAAUGGCAAGACCUUCGAGGAAUAAGAGGGUGGUUGACUAUGCCCAGUUUCAAGAGUCUGAUGAUGCUGAUGAGGAAUAUGAAGGGGAUUCUGACAAACCCAAGAAAGCACUGAAACACAGUGAUGAGUCUCGAUUCACAGACCACAAGAAUGAAUUUAGUGAUGAUGAUAAUGACUACGGGGAGGAGGAGGAUGACGGUGGUGACAGUGACUACGAGACUAAAAAGAUUAGCAAGGGAAGGCAAGCGCCAGCUAAACGGAAAAGAGCUGAAGAUGACAGUGAUGAUGAAAAGGUUGUUAGGAAGAAGGGUCGGCAGGUGCGACAGGCGGCAAGUAAAGCUGUUUCCAAACAGAGAGAGAUUCUUCUUGGGGAUGGAGGCAGUGAGGAAGAGGAGGGGGAAGAGGAUGAAGAAGAAGACGACAGUGAUGUCUACACAGGAGAGGAUUCAGGUAGUGAUGAAGACUUCAUGGUAGAGGACGAUGAUGACGACAGUGACUAUGGGCGGCCAAGGAGGAGGAAUUUGAAAGUGAGCAGGAGGAGCAAAGACAAAAAGUCUCCAAAACCCAGGAUAAGAUCUUCAGCGAGCAGAGGGCCAAGCAAGAGGAGAGGGAAACGCCAGACGAAGGUGAAGAGAGUUGUGUCCAAGCGGGUUGUACCUAAAGAAGAGGACGACGACGCUGAGACCUCCAGGCAAGAGGAAGAAGAGGAAGGGCAAGAUGGAGAGAAGAAGGCUUCUCCGCCUGCCAAGAAGGCAAAGGAGAGCGCUGCUAAAGGGGAGGACAACAACGGAGAGGAGGAGAAAGAGCCGAAGGAGAAAGGAGAUAAGGACGAUGCAUCCGAGGAGGAUGCUCCAUCAGGCGAAGACUGACUGUCUUCUGUCUGAUCGCAGAGAAAAAAAAGUUUAACCAGUUUUUGUCUUUUUCUUAAUGUGGAACAGUGGAAUUUGUUUUCCACAACAGCUCUGGGUGUUUCGGAUGUUUGUUAAAUCUUUCAUCUUGUAAAUACAAUAUUUCAGAAGAACUCUCUGUGAAGUAUCAUCCACACUAUUCUAAAAUGGUAUCAUUUAAGUACCUGUGUCACUUUCUAUACGUCCAGUGUAAGGUUACCUAUAUUAAUGUUGAUCAUUGCCUCGGCUCUAGCAUUGCUUGCCUUUUUUGCUAAGCCCAUCUAGUUUUAUGCUACUAGAUACAUAAAAGGGUGGGACAAUUGUGAAGCCAAAAAAAUGUACUCUGUGGUGUACCCAAGUGAAUUUUACAUUCAUGGCAGAUUCAUUAUGUACAAGUUCCAACAUCGUACCCUACAAAAAAUAACUAGUUAAGUAUAAAUUCUUCUCCAUGUCAAUAAUUAAGACAGUGAUUGGGUGCAAUGUGAGGAACAGAUAUAGGUAAAAUAACAACAGUGUUCAUAUAACUCCUAAAGCAAAACUUAAUAAGACAUGGCAAAAUAAUGCCAUAAGAUCUGUGGUGAUGGAGGUGGGGAAAUGGGUGACACUAGUUCACCCCCUUGUAAACGAAGCUUCCGAUCCAUGUAAUCGCUUUGAUCUUGAGCAUAGGUGUGCUGUAUGGACAGUGAACAGGUUUGUGACUCAGUUUUAUGAUUCAGUGAAUGUAUGCUUAAGAUUUAUUAUGUCAUUGAGCUGCUCUGUGUAUCCGUAUGGCAACAUAACUCAGCAAUGUUAUGUCCAGUGCAGUUUUAUUUGACCAGUCACAGUGCUACAGGAGCAUGUAACAUUUUAUAGUCAUUAGCCAUAGUUUGACACUUUCUCUGCAGUCAGUUUUUAAUUUAGGCUUUAGUUAACACGGAGCAUUUCGACAGGCAGUCCAGUUAAUUGUUUUUCUUGUGUCCAGUGUUUCUAAAAUCUAAUAAGGAUUCAGGUCUUUUAAGAUCCAAAUUGGACCACAUUUGCUCAUAUGCAUGCUUUCAGCAUAUUAUCACAAACCAGGUUAGUGUGGAAAUAUGUCACUAGGAUUAUAUUUUUAAAAAAGCCUUGAGACCUGGUUCCUAAAUACAUAAAAAAGACCAGUCAUUAUCAACAGACAUCACACUGAAUAUUUUUAACAAUGUUAUGAUGACAAUGAUUUAUGAGCGUUUAUAUUUUGGUUUGAACUUUUCUGCAGCUUAUACUUAAUCUACUCGUUUUCUCCCAACAGUGAUAACUCUUCAUGGGAUGGCCUACUCGUACCUGUGUGUUGUGUUAUGUUCUAGGCAGUAUGACAGAAAAAAUGAGCUGGUGUGGGUGUAUAAACAUAAAAAUCUUAAUCAGAGAGACUGAUGUCAAAAGCGAGCUAGUAACAACCUUACUAUUGACUUUGUGAUGCUCCGUAUGUGUAUUUUCUAAGUAUGUUGAUGUUUAUAGAUGCCUUUGAGAUGAAUUGUCUGUUGAGCCAGAGUGGAAAACAGACUGUAAUGCACACCAUUCAAAGCUUUCUCAGCUUCUUUUCUCUAUUUUCCUGGCUCCUAUAUCUGUCCUAUUAUGUAGCCUUUCAAUCUAUAUAAUAAUUUAUCUAAAAGAAACUUUUAAUUAAGCUAUUCUGAUUUUUGGAAUAUUUGUUUUACAAGGAAAAAAUAAAAUGUAUCUUGCCUUUAAAGAAA